AUGAGCACACUGUCGUUAUCGCCGCGAACUACUGCGUCUCACCGCGUGUUCUCGUUCGGCUCCAACGAGUUCGGACAGCUCGGUCUCGGACACACCAAGUCGGUGACACGACCCAGCUGUGUCAAAGCUCUGAAGUCGGAGCUGUGCAGUGCGGUGGGCUGUGGGAAAUCUCACACCGUCAUUGGGACAGAGGACGGUAAGCUGUUUGCGUUCGGUCUGAACCAGGACGGCCAGCUUGGUCUGGGUCACACGGAGAUGACCUUUGACCAGGUCACUCAGUGGAACGGCGGCACGGCUGAGCAGAUUGACGCCGGCGUGGCGCACACCGUGGUUCUCACAGACCACGGUCAGCUGUUUGCCUGGGGCAGUAACGAGGACGGCCAGUGCGGGCUCGGCGACGCGCCCGGGGCCUGCCUGCCGACGCCAGUGCCAUCUGACGAGGAAAUCGUCAGUCUCAGUUGCGGCUACCGCCACACGGCGUUUGUGACAGGUUAUAGGUAG